AUGCCGCAGCCCGUCCCUGCCCGUCCGGGCGGUGGUCGGAAUCUCUGCGUGCGGACCGGCGCUGAGGAGCCUAGAGGGGGCAAUUGGAUGGCCGCUCGUGUCCCCCCGGUACGCCGGGGGAUGCCACGCCGGUCGGGCGCCUUCGUGCGCCCCAGCCGUUUAACGAAAUCCUGCCCCUCCGGGGGUUAG